UAAAGGGGAUUAAUCUAAACCCCUUACAAUCCUCCAGCUCUCUUUGGAACAGGCAAUUCUUAGCAUCAUUUUCAUCCUAAGCUUACUGCGAACUUACAGAAAACUUUUCAAAAGACUGUCUAUAUCCCAACUCCAAAUUAUACCAACCAGGGACAAAGGGAAGGUGUGAAACCUGAACCCCACUCCUGCCUAUAGCAUGUCACCUUAUAUCCGUGUAGAAGAGGGCUCAUUCAUCCCUAGGUGAUUUUCCUGAGAAACUGGGAAACUAAGAUUAGUGCGCGAAGCAAUAUGAGUCACAUCACCAGCCCCUUCUCCCAGCCCAGAUUCCUCCCAGCCAGCAGUGGGAAGAGGAAAAUGCAGGGAUGUGAGGGUGUAAUUUCCCCUCAUGCAAUAUGUAGCAGCUAACAGGCAAUUACACCACUUCUAAACCCACCAUCUGGGGGGGGGAGCCUGAGAGCUGCCAUUUGGGUUAUUUUUCUUUCCACAACUGCCUGUGUUUUGAGGUGAUAUUCAGUUCUCUCGAUCUUGUUUUUAAAGCCUUAGUAAAAUGAGUGGGAGUUUUAUUUUUUGCUGAUAUCUACAGUGGAUUUCAUAGCACUGAUUUAUAGCUGUUCCCUGAUGACAUUUAGUACCCAGUGCCUGAGACUGUAUAAAUAAAUUACAUAAAAACAGAUUUGUGGUAUCAUUAGCAGCACCCCCAUUCCAAGGGGAGCCUCCAGUGAGCCUGUGUGUCUAAUCAGAGCUGACAAGGAGCAGAGUCACACACUGAGACAUCCAAAGCACAUGGAUCUGUGCCAAAUUCAGCUCUCUGUUGCAUUGGUAUAAAGUUGGAUAACCUCUGAUUGCAAGGGGGUUUUACACUCUGUUUACUCUGCCUUUAUACCUGUGCUCUCAGAUCAGUGCCAGGCAGUGGACCCAAAAAUCCCGAGAAGCAAUGGAAAGGCACUUGCUGACUUGCACAGACUCUGGAUCAGGCCUCGAUGGUUAAAAUAUAAUCUGAGUUCAGAGUGCAGAAAACAGAUUACAUGCCUGCUAUUGUACUGAAAUGCUUUCCAGAGUAAGCAUUAGCAGUAUGUACACAAGUGCCAGAUGAAUUACGCUGGCAUUUAGUUUUUCCAGCUCCAGUAGGAGAGGAUUGCUUUUAAAGAACUCACGUCUGCUGUGUCGUGUCUGGAGCUGGAGCUGAACGGGGCUGCCAGGAGGGCACGUGUGACAGGAGCCACGGUUGCAGGUUGGAGGCUGCUGGCUGUCCCAGCCCUCGAGGCCUUGCCAGUGCUGGCAGAGAGUGCACAAGCCCACCCCACAAGGCAGAGUGGCUCAGCCCUGCCAGCCUGUGUACCAUGUCUCUCCGCGAGCACGCGCUGUCCCUGUUCCGUGGCGCCGUGGGCACCGUCCGCCCGGCUCCCAUGCUGAAGAGGGCUCUGAAGCUCCAGGGAGAUGGGUGCCCUCAGCUGCUGGUGAAGGGCCAGGCCUUUCCAGUGAACAGGGAUCUGUACCUGGUGGGUUUUGGAAAAGCUGUGCUGGGGAUGGCCGCAGCAGCAGAAGAGAUCCUGGGAGACCACCUCACUCGGGGCAUCAUCAAUGUGCCGCUAGGGAUCCAGGAGAGCCUGCAGCGAGCAGGAAUGCAGGAGAUGCUGCUGAAGCCACACAGCAAAAUCCAGGUCAUUGAAGGCGCCAAGAACAACCUCCCAGACACAGAGGCUCUGAAGGGAGCAGCUGCCAUCCAGGAGCUGGCUGAGGGUCUGACUGCAGAUGACCUGCUCCUUGUGCUCAUCUCAGGGGGUGGAUCAGCCCUACUGCCUGCUCCCAUCCCUCCCAUGCUCCUUGAAGAGAAGGAGAAACUCACAAAGCUGUUGGCUUCCCGAGGAGCUGCCAUACAGGAGCUGAACAUUGUCCGGAAGACUCUGUCCGUGCUGAAGGGUGGAGGGCUGGCCCAGCUGGCACAUCCUGCACGGGUGGUGAGUCUCAUCCUGUCUGACGUGAUAGGUGACCCCCUGGACAUCAUAGCAAGUGGGCCCACUGCUGCCAGCUCCCACAGUGUCCAAGACUGCCUUCAGAUACUCACCAAAUACAACCUGCUGCACAACCUGCCCAAGUCAGUGGAAACGGUCCUCUCCAGCUCUCCCACCAAGCCCACUGCUCCAGAAAACUACUCCCACGUUUCCAACAUCAUCCUUGGGUCAAACACACUGGCUUUGGAAGAGGCCAAACACCAGGCCGAGGGCCUGGGCUAUGCAGCUCUGGUCCUGAGUGCAGCAGUCCAUGGGGAAGUCGGCCGUGUUGCCACGCUGUACUGCCAGCUGAUCCAGCUGGUCUGCCUGGGCUUCGCCGGCCUCGGAGACGGGCCCCUGAGUGACGAGCUGAGGGGGAAUCUCCUGCAGCUGGCAGCAGAGCUACAGAUCCCAGGUUUGGAGCUUGAUGAGUUUCUAAAGGCCCUGCGAGGAUUAGGGCCUGACAGACCAGUCUGCAUCCUGGCCGGUGGAGAAACCACAGUCCAGCUCCAAGGAACCGGCAAGGGAGGGAGAAACCAGGAGCUGGCCCUGCGUGUGGCGCUGGGGCUGCACCGGGCUCAGGCCUGCACAGGAGCCAGCAGCCCCCAAGGGAGGUGUGAGAUCCUCUUCCUCAGCGGGGGAACAGACGGGCAGGACGGGCCAACGGAGGCAGCAGGAGCCUUCUGCAGCCCAGGGCUGGUGGCUGAGGCGCUUCAGGAGGGCUUGGAUGUGGAGGCCUUUCUCAGGAACAACGACUCCUACACGUUCUUCAGCCACUUCCAAGGUGGGCAUCACCUCCUGGUGACAGGCUUGACAGGCACCAAUGUCAUGGACAUCCAGGCCAUUUUAAUUAGAGCCAUGGAGAGAUCAUGAGAGCUCCCUCUGCAGAUAUCCAGAUGCAGUUAAUUAGGAGCAGGAGUAUAUGAACGCACCAAUGCUGCAGACAAAUGCAAACUACUUAAAUUAGGGCUCACUGUCGAGGCUGCUACUGUCCUUGACAGAAACAAUCCACUAAUUAGACACGAGUGGAUGUCCACAGCAAAAACAAGCACUUUUAAUUGGGGGGAUCAGAGGAAGGUAAGAGGUCACAUUACAGGCAAGGAGACUGGAUUUAAGACUUGUGACUGCUUCAACUAUAGUUAAUUUAAGAGUGUGGGGAAGUUGAGGCUGUGGCAUGGUUCCCAGGGAGAGCCCUUGAUGCACUGUUGUACUUCCAGUGCUCCCAGCUCAAGAGCAGCUCAGCACUGGGGUUUUAGGGGUUCACUAGAGCAAAUUACAGUGACUGAAGGAUGUAAAAGCAAUAACAGCAAGGCCUGCUCACCUGAGGCAUGGAGGUGCUGGGGGAAUGUGGUGGGAAGGGGACUCCAGCACCCGCCCCACAUGCCAGAACAGUGCCCUACAGCUCUUCCCACACCAGGGUACUGAGGUGACAGAGACCCCAAGCCCAGCAGGAUGCACACCUAGGACUGUGGCUAAGAAGCACAUUGGCAGAGAGAAGUUCUUGAUACUGGCUGGGUGACACAAGCAGUGCACAGUGACAAAGAGGAUGACAUACCUUCACUGUGCAGUGUAAGGAUGGGGACGAAUGAAGGGCAGUGACAAGCCAGCCGAGUGGAGUCCUCCUCCAGCUUCCUUCCCUCCACAGGAACAUCUUCCCUGCUGGUCCCUGUUGGGAAAGCCUCCGUGCCAGCAGCAUGUAUGCUAUGAGCUUUCAUGGUGUUGUUUUCCAGCUGUCUAGAAAACUGUCGUGCAUCCAGCCUGAGCCACUGACCUUUCCUCUGCGCUAAGGCAGAAGUCACUGUCAUUCUGAUUAACUGCUAAUUCCACAGAACAAAAGGCAAGGAAACCUUCAUGCUCAGCUCUCCUGACCCAUGCUGCUGAGCUGAUCAAAGGGCAAAUCUGCCAGAGCUGUGCUCUGACAGGGAGCUGCUCCCCCCACAUGCACGAGGACACAGUGGUUAUCACGUUUUUGUCACCUACUGCAGUGUGAUAUGUGGGAGAGCAGAGAUGAGCUUGGUUUCCCAGGACAUGGAUCUCACAGUGGGGCUGGAUUUCAGGAGGGCUUUGCCUGCAGCAACAGGCACACUGAUGGUUUGGCUGGAUAUUCAAAGGACUUCAGCUCAGCAGCCAGUAUGACCCAGCACGUCUGACUCCUUUUGAAUAUCCAUCUGUUUGUUACAGAGCCUAAGUGGGAGCUGAGCUCCUUUGAAAAUCCAGCUCUAAUGUAAUAGGACACGCUUGACUCAGACUCUUUCCAGACAGACCGACCUACUCCGUGUGGCUGAUCUCAUCUCAUGACAUAAAUACACCAUUGUGCCACCACCCUGAGUUGUGGUGUCUCACUGAACGGUUGCUCUGCGCCCCACUUCAAGGUGGAUCAGAGGGUGGGGUUUUGAGGAGGACGCAAAACCUCCUAUUUUGGUUUUGAAGCCAAUAUCUAACAAGUAGGGAUAUCAGCAGGACCAUCAUGGGGCCUGGUGUCGAUGCCAGGCUGGCAGCUGGACUGUCUGGGCGACAGCCCAGGCUCAGAGUAAGGCACAACCCUGGGAAUUUCAAAACCCCAGUCUUGCCCGGUGGUUUAAACACAUCCCCGCAUCUCAUUUGUCCUCAGAGUCUGAAGGUCUUCUGUAACAUGCCUGAACUUGCUCACACUGGCAAACAGCUCCGAGAUCUGCUGGGGAAAAUCUGCCAAGAGUUAUAGAGCUCGCUGUGCCUCUGUAAUGUCGGGGGGUGGUUGUGCAGGAGGAGCUGCUUUGUGCCGUGUGUUUUUCUCCGGAGGUCGUUGGCAGGUCGCCUGCUCCAUGCCCAGCAGGGCAGCUCCACAGGGGCACUAACACGGGCAGCGAUACAGCCAAAAGUCUGGCUGCAGCCAGGAUAACUGCCUAAAGCUGGCUCCACAACGUGGGGAAUGCUCCCUGGACUAUUCUGCUCCAGCAGAAUGCAGAGUUUCGGGCUGGGGUGCCUGGUAGAAGGGUCACUUCAGCAGUGCCAGCCUGGGCACACUGCCACGGGCCCACCAUAACCCCCGGCCACCGCUCUGCCACAUUGCUGAGCACCACCCUGGUCCUUGGAGUUGCUGCUUGUGCUGCCUCCCAGUCAAGUUCAGAGGACCUUGGGCUAGUGCUGGCUGGCUUCUCCUGGGAAAUGCCUACCUCAGGUAGCCUGAGCAUUGUCCUUGCUUCCUGAAUGGUGGCUUUUCAUAACAAUUAAAGAGUGUGUGUUGGGGAGAAGUCUAAUAAAAGGUUUGUUGAAAGGA